CCUUUUCGGUCAGGUGAAAAAUCAGUUUUGAAAACUUUUAUUUUGAAAGACUCCACCGGAACCCCUCUGUUAGCCGCCGUUACUCUGACUGUGAUGAAGAGUUGUGAUAGGCGCAACCAGAAACGAACUGGGAGAACUCAGGAGUUCAGUCGUUAUCCCCGAACACAUCUAUCGAAUUACUGACUGGACCUUCUCGGUUUCUUGUCCUCCGUGUCGGAGGUGCGUGGACGGUCCCGGGAAACUGUAGCUGUUUCGGGUCUGACGCAGACCGAGAGGCGGGAGGCUCAGCCAACAGCUCGUUACUAGAGCAGAUUGAGUCUAUGCUAGGCUAGGCUAAGCUAAGCUAAGCUAAUAGCUCGUUACUAGAGCAGAUUGUAGUCUAUGCUAGGCUAGGCUAGGCUAAGCUAAUAGCUCCUUGCUAGAGCAGCGGGAUGCUAGGCUAAACUAACAGCUUCUGUUUUGACAGAACCUUGAACUUGCGGAAACUUUUAUAAAGCAGUAGGAACUUGAUUUCUAAGAUAUUCGUUUUCCGUUUCUGAGAAGAUAAAAUAAUUUAUUUUUAUAAUAAUUUAUCGUAAUAGCGGGCUUUGUCAGCAGGUUUGUUUGCGGCAGCCGGAGCGCGGAUUCGUCCAGAACCACCGCAGGUGAGCCCGGCUGGGCUUGGUGAUCAGAGGACUCGCUGGUGGCGGUGCUGCUUUCUCUGGACGCUGAGCCCCCAGAGGAUAUUUGGCAUGGAGGCUGUGGAGCCCCGCCGCGGCAGCUCGGAGCGGUUACAUAACGCCAGCAGGUCGGCAGAGAAGCGGUUGAACGUCUCCUCCUCCUCCGCCUCCUCCUCAGCUCCACUGUGACACUUCAGCACGCAAACAGACCCGCAGCCGCAGCGACACGACGCCGACAGCCGCAGCAUGGAGGCGGUGUGACUGCUGGCAGGCUGAACCCGCUCAGAACAUGGAGUCCAACCCGCUGAUUAACGCUUUGGACCCGUCCAUCACACUGUGGCAGUUCCUGCUGCACCUGCUGGAGGACCAGCGCCAGCGCCACCUGAUCUCCUGGACCGGCGAGGACGGGGAGUUCAAGCUGCUGGACGCAGAGGAGGUGGCCCGCCUCUGGGGGCUGCGCAAGAAUAAGCACAACAUGAACUACGACAAGCUGAGCCGCGCACUGCGCUACUACUACGACAAGAACAUCAUCAAGAAGGUCAGCGGUCAGAAGUUCGUCUAUAAGUUUGUGAGCCAGCCCGACCCGGCGCUGGCAGACGGGCCUCGCGGCGCCGAGGAGGUCCCGAAGAAAGACGCCUGCGACCCAAUCGGCCAGCUGAAAGGCCUGGGGGGCGUGGCGUCAGCCUUCCAGUCAAAGGGCUCGGCCCAGCGCCCGGCGCCCGGCGGCGCCCAGAAGAGCUCCAGGAACGACUACAUGAAGUCCGGCCUCUACUCCACCUUCACCAUCCAAUCACUGCAGGCCCCGCCCAACCCCCGCCCAAUCAAAUCGGAGCUCCUGCUGCAGCCGGACCCCGCCCCCAAGGCCAGAGAGGUGAGCCUGCUGCCAGAAGGCCGGCCCUCCCCUCCAGCUGGUGGCGCUGUGGACUCGCUGCAACUCGCCGCCCAGGCCUCGCCCCGCCCCGCGCCGGCGCUCAGCCCGCAGGCCGCCGCCAGCUGCCAAUCACAGGUCAGAACCGUCUGCCGUUGCACCUUUAGUUCUGACCCGGUUCUGACCGACCCAAACCCGUCGCCCCCGCCCCAGGCCCCGCCCCCUCCCGUCGUCAUCAAGGAGGAGAACCUGCCGUCGGAGGAGGAGCUGCUGGAGAUGGUGACCCUGCAGAGGAAGCAGGCGGACCAGGUUCCCCAGCUCAUCUGUGGCCCAGCAGAACCAGAACCGCCUGUCACCAUCGUGGAGAGCCCUCCUCCUCCUGGGCUGGACGCCCAGCAGGAAGUGGAAGGGGGCGGGGCCAAGAACUCUCCAGCAGAGACCUCCAUUGCCACGGCAACGUGCUCCUCCUCAUCUUUGGCAUCGACCUCGCCGUYCGGCGCCGGGCCGCCCAAACCCAAGAAGCCUCGCAUCCUGGAGCUGCCGUCCUCGCCCUCCCUGCCGCCUGGCCUCUCCCUGGAUAAGGUGAACGCCGCCGUCAACAGUCUGUUGGCGCCGGGUGCCGCCAACACACUGACGCCGACCGUCAUCACCUCCCACGCCCUGACCCCGGUGCUGCUGACGCCCAGCGCUCUUCCCUCCACCAUCCACUUCUGGAGCACGCUCAGUCCCAUCGCGCCGCGUUCACCGGCCAAGCUGUCGUUCCAGUUUCCGGCCAACGGCAGCAACCAGAUCCACAUCCCGGCGCUGAGCGUGGACGGACUCUCCACCCCGGUGGUUCUGUCCCCGGGCCCCCAGAAGCCCUGAUCCCGACCCGAAGACUCCCUUUGGACCGAAUCCUGAGGCGCUUAUGCAGCGCCACCUGCUGGAGAUGAAGAUGACGAUGCCAGGUGGACGGCCUUCAUCCUCAUUAAAGCCCUCGUCUUUGUCAGAACGAUGCGGGGCGACGCCGGGAACCCAAAGCAUCCGGAACCGACCGGAACCAGAAACUGAAGCCGGACCGAGGUUGGCUAACUUCUCUGUAACCAUGGCAACGCUCAUCAGCACCGCGCCGGUCUGAGAACCGGGAGGAAACUUUGGGUUUCUGUUUAUUUAUGCUGGAUUUGCUGCAGACGUUCCUGAUCCGACUUGGGUCGGAUUAAAGAUCCGUUUUACAGACCGAGCUCUGCUCUGAUUGGCCGUUCUGAAGGCCACGCCUUCCCUGCAACAGACCAAUCGCAGAGCAGCAUCUGCUUCCUCCCUGCAGGGGGCGCUCACAUUCCUCUGCCUGGAUUUCAGAUCUGUAAAUAUUGUCAGAUCGGUUCUGUUGAGGCGGGUUUGAUCAGAACCGCUGAACUGGUUCUGGUUGCCAUGGUAACUUGUUGAUCCACAAUGGAUCUUUGCUAAAACUGAUGUUUUUGGACCAGAACCCGAGUGCUUAGUCUGGAUUGUUCCGGUUCAGAACCGCAAACCCAGCUGCUGUAGAGCGGUUCCGAAGGUCCAGUUUCAGGAAUAUCGGACCGUUUCUGUCCAGAGAACGUCAAACUAACUCUGAUCUACCGCCUGCUGUGGUUCUGACCGGAUCGGACCGGAUUCAGGAAGUUUCUGAGCUGGAAGCUGGAAAAUCUGAUUCCCAGAGGAAAAAUGAAAUUCAAGUCUGUUUAUAAAAGAAAAAAUGUUUUGAGUCGGAGUAAAAAUGGACGAAAUAUU